ACCGAAGUUUGUGACACAGGCGCCGCUCAUUAAAUCAUACGACAGGAUGAGGUCGGCCUUGAGGUGAGGAGCCUCAAGCUGUGCGGGCGCAGAUAGCACGAGGCCGCGUUUCUGUUUGCAGAGCUCCGACGACAGAUGUGGCAGCUGAGCGCGAGUCCAUGCCGACGAUGAUCAGCAAAGUGAAGAGCGCCAUGUCCACGCUGGUGGGAGGGAUGAUGCCCCACGGCCACCAUCACCACCACCACCAUCAUCAUCAUCACGACCACCACGGCGGCGGCGGCGGCGGCGACGGCCUGCCGCCGCGCUUCCCCUACGGCCGCCCGGACUUCCUGGAGCUCAGCCCGGAGCUGCUGCAGUACUCCACCGAACACGCCUCGCGGCCGGUGCUGACGCUCAAGCGAGGCGGCGGGCUCCCCUGGAACACCGGAUACGCCGAUGACGAGUCCCAGUGCGGGAUGCUCGCCGGCUCACAGCACUGCCGCAUCUGCAGCAGGCACUCAAAUCUCCAAUCUGCUGCACCGGCUCCCUCUGGUUCUGCUGUGGUGAUCAACGCCGGCAAGAGCAUGCUGAACGAGGACCAGGCCUCCUGCGAGAAGCUGUUUGUGCGGAAGCCCAGCGGAAAACAGCACAACUCCACUCUGCUGGAGGACAACGGGGUGAGCCAAGUGCAAAACUGCAGCGAUGGCAUCCAAUCGGAAGCCCGAGAGACGGGACAUGAGCUAAAAAUUAUGGAUGGCACAGGGAUACCCCUCUACUUCUGGGGCGUCUAUGAUGGCCACGCCGGCUCCGGUGCUGCCAUCAUGGCCUCCAAGCUGCUCCACCGCCUCAUCCGGGACCGGCUGGGCGAGAUCUUCCACUUGCUGAACAACCACGGUGGGGCGCCGCCGCCCAUCUGCUUGGCCAAGAACGGCAGCCCGUACCAGGCCGAGAUCAAGAAGGGGGCGGCGCAGGAGUCGGACGAGCCCGACCCCGUCAGCGAUUCGGGGGUGCGCUAUCACAUGGAGAAGGUCGUCAGUCUGGAGAACCUCGUGAUGGGCGUCAUUGAGACCGCGUUCAAGCAGAUGGAUGACCUGAUCGAAAAGGAGAAAGCGUCGUACGCCAUCUCUGGUGGCUGUUGUGCCUUAGCUGCCAUCCAUCUAAUGGGCAAACUCUAUGUUGCCAAUGCUGGAGAUAGCAGGGCUAUAAUAAUCCGGAAUACAGAAGUUGUUCCCAUGACCAACGAGUUUACACCAGAGUCGGAGAGACAACGACUGCAGUAUCUGGGCUUCCUGAGGCCAGAGCUCCUGGGCAACGAGUUCACACACAUUGAGUUCCCGCGCAGGAUCCAGCACAGCGAGCUGGGCAAGAAGAUGCUGUACCGAGACCACACCAUGAGUGGCUGGGCUUACAAGACAAUCGUUGAAGAUGAUCUGAAAUUUCCUCUCAUAUACGGAGAAGGUAAAAAGGCACGGGUCAUGGCGACCAUCGGAGUGACUCGCGGUUUGGGGGAUCACGACCUGAAGGUGUACAGCUCCAACAUUUACAUCAAGCCGUUCCUCUCGUGCGUUCCCGAGGUGCAAGUCUACGACUUCGACGACACCAAACACGGCCCGGACGACGUCCUCGUCAUGGGCACGGACGGACUGUGGGACGUAACCACGGACAAGGAGGUGGCGGACGCAGUCUCGGCGUAUCUGGCGUGUUGCGACCCCUCGGACCCCAUGAGGUACACACUGGCGGCACAGGACCUGCUGAUGCGCUCCCGAGGAGUUCUGAAAGAGCGCGGCUGGCGGCUCCCCAACGACAGGCUGGGCUCGGGCGACGACAUCACCGUGUUCGUCGUCCCACUGGCGGGACACGAGGCCGAGACAUGAGGCAUGACUGCUCGCGGCUCAAAACCAAGCUGACCGACUGACCGGGCCCCCCCCCCCCCGCCGGAAGGAGAAUCGGGUCUGAGCAGCACCUUCCUCCACUUCUAGAUUUUCGGACCCUUCAUUUCCCGACUCCUAACAGGAGAUUUUCCAGCGGUGUCCUCUUCCUCAGCGACGGCUGCUAGUGAGAUUUAACCCCCCCCCCCCCCCUGCGUGGUACUUCCUGUUUACGUUCAAGGCUGGGCAGCUAGUUUAAAAACUCAGCAUGGACUGUGCAUCUUCACACCUCUCCCAAAUGUGAUUCCUUUUUAUAUAGACGCGCCUCUCUGUAGCAUAAAAGAAUGUGUGGAAACCAAAGAGAUGCCUUCGUGGCACCAGGAUGGAAUGAAAAGAUCACGACAAAAAAGAAGCAUGGGGUUGAAGUUAACGGACCUUUUCCUGCGCCACAUAAUCAUCAGUCUGUAUUCUCCUUUGUUGGUGAUGAAGGUAGGACAGCACUUGAAGAAUGUUUGCACAUAUGAUGUCAUUUUUGUUGAUGAAAAAAGAAGAUAUUGUAUUGUACAUGUAAAGCAUGAAGGCUCACAAUCAUUGCUUUUGUUGUUGUAGGAGAACAAUGUCUCGGUAUAGUAAGCUGUGAUAAAAUUCACACAUAUGCCUUAUUGAAAGUCGACUAAAGCGUUUGUAUUAUCACACCACACGAGGGAUUUGACCUUAACUGUAACGUAUACCUCUCUGUUUUUGUCAUUAUGGUUGUUAUUUAGAUGUUCCAUAUAUUUUUAAAGAUUACGGAAAAUGUUUUAUUUUUAUCUUUCUUAUUCAUACGUGCUUGUUUCGAAAGGCAGUGUGCGGUAUAUGGGAUAAGGCCGACUGAAAUGUGAAAGAUGUCAUGUUCCUCUUUAGAAAUAAAUCACAAUUUUCCCAGUC